AAAAAAAAACCCAGAUGAAAUGUAAACUGGAUCAUUUUAUCUUCAAGUUGUUUGAAAGUAAUAUAAAUUGUAUUUGAUUUUGAUUUUCAUAGCUUACUUCUAUUCACAUACCAUUUUACUUAGAAAAUAACAUGAACAACCAGAUGUAAAUGACAUGUCCUAAGUCACAAUCAGUGGUUCAGUAUUAGUAGAGUCUUGGCAUGUCCAGUUUUGGAUCAUGGUUUAGAGUUUUGACUGAAACCGAAAUAUCAAAACUAGAAUACAAAACUACUAACUCAGUGAACAAGUAUAUUACAUGUAUACACAGAUGCAGAAAUUCUGUUUGCCAGGGAAGGGGUGGGUGGGUUCCAAGAUCUAUUUUUAGUUACGGUACUUUACUAUGUGAACUAUAUAACUUUGAAUUUUUCAAAGGGGGUGUGGGCUUGCAGUUGAAAUCCUCCACCACCCCCCUCCCCAAAUACAUUUUAGAAUACAUGUUUUAUUACAUUUCAGACUUCAUAAAAUCCGACCACUUAUCGACAUGACAAGAGGAAAUUUCCAGAAGUUUUACAAACCAGGGAAGUGUCAGAGUAUAGAUGAAGGAAUGAUAAGGUACAAGGGACACCAUUAUGCACAGCAGUACACGCCAGGAAAACCAAUAAAGCGCGGUCUAAAGAUAUGGAUGAGAUGUGACCCAAGUGGCUACACCAAUGAUUACAGAGUGUAUCUUGGUAAACAUGAUUCAAUGUGUGGCCCAUCACUAGGGGAACGAGUCGUCAAACAUUUAUGCAAGCCACUGAAGUGGAAAGGUCAUCAUGUGUUCUUCGAUAGAUAUUUCACUUCUAUUCCUCUUCUCCAAACUCUUGAAUCCUACGGUGUAUAUGGUUGCGGGACUAUAAUGGCAAACAGGAAAGGGUUUCCCUCACAACUGAAGAACCCACACCUUCCUGAGAGAGGAGAUGCUGAACAGAUGCAACAUAAUAACCUUGUUGCCACCGUAUGGAAUGAUGCUAAACCUGUUCACAUUGCAUCUACAACAUCUGACCCUCUCGGAGAUGGCCCAGCUCAAAGAAGGGUUCGGGGUGGUGGUGUUAUCAUCAUUCAGCGCCCGCCUGCAGUUGAGCACUACCAACAGCACUACUAUGGUGUAGACAGAACACAGCAAUACAGAUCCAAGUGUCCAGUUGGCCGUCCAUCCAAAAAGUUUUGGAAGUAUCUGGUCAACUAUAUUUUUGAAAUUUCUCUGAUCAACACAUUCCUUCUUUGGUUUGAAACCCCAGGAACAAGAAAACCAACAAAACAUUUCUCUAUGGUUGACUGCAACUUGUCUAUCGCAGAGAAACUUAUUGGUGAUUUCUCUAGCAGAAAGCGGGCACCUUCAUGUGGAAGGGGAGUUGCAGGUAUAAGUGUUGCUAACAUCAACCGGCACAUCAGCACAAAGUUGACAAGACCGCGAGGAAGAUGCAAACAGUGCAAGAAGAAUGGCAGAAGAAGUGACACAUUUUUUGGUUGUAGCAUUUGUAAUGUACAUCUGUGUAGAGGAGCUUGUUUUCAGGCCUAUCACACUUAUCAUCACUUGCUUAUGGAAUAGGUUUAUAUAUCAUGUAAUGUCUGUUUAUAAUUGCAUGUUUUGUUCAAAUAAUAUGUGUCUACUUUAUUUGGUGGCUCCAAGCACUUAUCUAAUCCACUCAAAUGGUUUGCAUUUUUUCAAAGGUGAUUUUGUCGUGUACCAUGUAUUUUUAAAACCUAAAUCUAAAAAAUAAUCUAAAUAUGUUAUUGAAAAGAAAUAAACUAUUCAUCACUGUGUGUUGGUAACUGUUGCCAUGACAACCAUUUUUAAUUUAUGUACAUGUAUUUAAUAUUUCUAUUGUAUACUAAAGCUGAAUUCUUUAUUCAUUGAUUUUCUUGAAAAAUUGAUAAAGCUUCUUGGUUUCUUUCCAUAUGAAUUUUGUUAUAUUCAUAAUGAAAUAAUUUUAUUGAUAAGCUUGUGGUCUUGUUGCUAUGGUAACUAUUGUUUCUGCGUUUUCAAGGAUGUAUUAUUAGAAGAAAAAAAUAUAUCGUCGGUAACAUUAUAAACCACAGUGUAGACUGUUAUUGCCUUUUUUGGGUCACUAAAGACACACUUUGAAACUUUAUUACAAUUGUUUGUUGUUACUUUUUUUUUGAUCAGAAAAUGCCAAAUGUUGCGCAAAGCAACAUCAAAAAAGUUGUUUCAAAUUGUUUUGAUUAGAACUCCAGCUGUUCAAUAAUACUUUACAAUGUAUUUUUAUGUAGAAUAUUCUGUAUAUUACUUUAUCGUUCAAUAUGGUAUCAAAAUAUUCCACUAUUCAAUGAAAAAUUUAUGAAAAAAUAUUAUUUUAUGAUUUAAGCCCAAAACGUUGCCAUGGCAACCGCAUAUUUGACUUUUUUUAAUCAAAUUUAAAAUCUGCAAAAAAAUGUGUUUCAUUCCAUAUAAGGUUGUUUGAGUAAAAAAAUAACCAGUAUUAAGUUAAAUUCAAUUUGUUAUUAUAUAACUUGAUUUUGGUAAAUUGUGAAAAGUUCUGGGGGUUAAAG